AUGUCGGGACGAAGGACUCGAAACACCAACCGUAAUCACUACCCUACCGAAAACCCUCGUGACCAAAUACCUACUAUUCGAGACCUUACCGCUCUUAUCCGAGAGCAAAACGACCAAAUUAACCGUCUUGUCAACCUCCAAACCCGUGGUCGACAACCUACCCCUCCACCACCUCCUCCUCAAAAUACGGCACCGCUGGCUAUGUACGAACGGUUCUUGCGAAUGAAUCUGACAGAAUUUCACGGUGGUUCAGACCCAACAAUCGCCGAGGAAUGGAUCAAGUCACUCGAAGUGAUUUUUGAUUACAUGGAAAUGACGGAUCGUGAUCGAGUCCAUUGUGCCUUGUUUUUGCUUAAGAAUGAAGCUCGUCAUUGGUGGGAAGGUGCCAAAGAAGGAAUAGAAUUAGCAAAUAUCGAUUGGGCGACAUUUAAAAUCCGAUUCUUCGAGAAGUAUUUCACCAAGGAUGUUCGUGCCCAGAAAAUUAGAGAGUUUCUAGACCUGAAACAAGGAAAUCAAUCUGUUGCCGAAUAUGUUCGUAAAUUCGAGCAAGGAGGCAUCUAUGCCUCCUUCAUAUCCAAAGAUGCCGAAGAAAAGAAGAACCACUUUUUGCAAGGCCUUAAUCCCGUGAUUAGAAGAAAUGUCCGUAUGGCCUCUGCUUCCACUUACCGUGAAAUGGUAGACAAGGCCCUCGUAGCAGCGCUAGAUGAACAAGAUAUCCAACAAUUCCGAAAGACAGAAUCCUCCAUUCACCGCCCGUGGAAAAAGCCAAACACCGAACCCAACGAUGGACCCAACCAAUCUAACGACAAAGAGAAGCAACCGAUUAUGAAGAAUCUCCCGGCUCAACCAAUGAAACCAAUAUGCCAGAAAUGCGGGAAACCUCACUUUGGAGUUUGCGUCCAAGGAACUAAUAAUUGUUUCCGGUGUGGAAAACCAGGGCAUAUGGCCAAGGAUUGCACUCAACCUCCGAACCGAGUACCUGGUAGAGUUUUCACAAUGACCAAGAAGAACUCUGAGAACCUUCCAUGGUAG